AUGGAGCAGCCCAAAUCCGUCAAUGAUGGUCUUCUCAACCGGCUCCUGACACUUUGUGUGGUCAAGCUGAUUCGCAAGAGAAUCAUACAGCGAAAAGUCAAACACCCAGGUGUCAUGUUUAUAUCAAAGUAUUGCAUCAAAUCAUCGGCCUUUACUCGACUGGCAGAAGCAAACACAAUGCAAUUCGUUUCGGAAAACACUACCAUCCCCGUUCCAAAGAUUAUUUGCGCCUUUGAGCAUGCUGGACGAACAUACAUUGUGAUGGAGAGAAUUGAUGGGCAGAUGCUGGCGCAGGGGUGGUUCAAGCGGUCUGAGACUUCAAAAGCGCGUAUACUCGAGCAAUUAAGAUUGAUGAUGUUGCAACUCCGCAGUAUCGCACCGCCGCAGGAUACUGGAAUGGCAAAUGUCAACGGAGGCCCGGUGUAUGACCAGCGAUUUCCCACCCAUUCAUACUGGGGGCCAUUCAAGACACUCCAGGACUUUCACAGAGAGCUGCGCAGUGGUAUAGAAGUCGAUCAUAUCGAUGAUUCUUCCUUGGCCGCUCAACUCCGUCCGCUCAUCGAGUUUCAUAAUCAGCCCUGGUCAGCGCCGGUGUUCACCCACGGCGACCUGAGCAGUCUGAAUAUUCUUGCGCGCGGCGAUGAUGUUGUAGGAAUCAUUGACUGGGAGACGGCCGGUUGGAUGCCGCCUUACUGGGAAUACACUUCGGCGUGGCAUGUCAAUCCUCAGAACAUGUUUUGGCAGGAAGAAGUAGGCAAAUUCCUCACACCAUUGCCUCACGAAUUGGAAAUGGAAAAGAUUAGGCGGAGGUAUUUUGGUGACUAUUAG